AUGAAUUUUGAGAGGCUAAGAAAGCAGGGGAGGGGAGAAAGAUGGAAGACAGGGAAACAAAGGCAAAAACAACCCAAGAAGCAAGCCAUCUUGGCAAUCUCUGAGCAUAAGGAUGCCAAAUUGUUGGAGGACUAUGUGACAGCUAGUUCCAUGGAUCCUGAUUUGUACAGAGCUACGAUACAAGGAGACAUUCUUGAAUUCAUAAAAGCCGUGGAACAAGGACCAGACAAUAGACACGCUGGUGUACCUGCUGCAUCUUGUAUCCAAGUGACCCCUCAGAAGAACACAGUUCUUCACCUAGCAACGAUCUUUGGACAUGACGAGAUUGUAAAACUCAUUUGUAAGGACUUGCCCUUUCUUGUCAUGGAAAGAAAUUGCAGAGGUGACACUGCACUUCACAUUGCAGCCAGAGCUGGCAAUUCACUGCUAGUGAAUUUGUUGAUUAAUUCAACAGAGGGGGUUUUGGGUGUGAAGAAUGAGACGGGUAAUACCGCAUUGCAUGAGGCAUUGCAACAUCGUCAUGAAGAGGUGGCCUGGAAUAUAAUUAACAAAGACAGAAAUAUGUCUUGUUCUGUCAAUAAGGAAGGAAAAUCUUUGUUGUAUUUGGCCGCAGAAGCAGGAUAUGCAAAUCUUGUUAGGUUUAUAAUGGAAAAUCCUGCAGGAAACUACAGCAUUGAAGGAAAGCUCGAGAACAAACCAUCUGUGAAAGCUGCCAUUCUUGGGAAGAACAUAGUAUGGUACUUGACUUUCAAUGAACAAUGGUUAACUUUUGGUGAGAUGUAUUUUCUGGUGAGAGGUUGGGACUCUCCGAUCAAUAAGGAACUCGGAGCAGAUUCGAACAAGGAAGAAGGCGGGGAAGGGCAGAUGGCACCACGCAUGACAUUCUCCGCAGAUGUGGACAUGGAUAGAGAUAGAAGUGCUCCUUACAGCUAUAAACACAUUGUCCCUGCAAUCUCCGCAGAUAGAAGUGCUCCUUCCACACGUGGGCAUGGCUAG